AUGGAUGAAAUCAAGUCAUGUUCUCAGAGGACAGAAGAAGAAGAGUUGGUAGAACAACACUUCCAACAAAACCACUAUCGUGACAAAGGUGGUGUAUUUGUUGUCGAGAUGCCACUUAAAGAAGAGUUUAAAGAAAUAGGCAGCUCACGAGAAACAGCUUUGCGUAGGUUCACAUAUUUAGAAAGAAGAUUAGAGAAAAACGAGCAGAUGAAAAAUGCUUAUGUGCAGAAAAUGAGAGAAAGUAUCCAACUAGGACAUGUACAGGUAGCUGCUAGAAGCCCUCAUCAUUGUAUAGAAAAGAAAUUCCGUAUAGUAUAUGAUGCAAGCUGUCGCACAAAUAGAGGUAUAUCAUUGAAUGAUAUACAAAUGUUAGGUGAGAAACUGCAAAGGGACUUGCAUGAUAUAAUCAUGCGUUUCAGAAGGCAUCGUAUAGCAAUUUGCGCUGACAUCAAGAAGAUGUUCAAUCAAGUCAGGCUUAACAAAGAACAAUGGGAUCUACAACGCAUAUUUUGGAGAGAAAACAGGUAUGAACAGCUCAAAGAGUAUUGGUUAACAGUCGUCACAUUUGGUCUGACUUCGUCAGCACACUUGGCAGUGCGUUCAGUACUGCAAGCAGCCAAAGAAGCAAAGCACAACUACCCACAAGCAGCCAAUGCAAUUAAGAAUGACUUUUAUAUAGACGAUUGUGCUACUGGUGAAACCGACGAAAAGAAAGCCAUUCAGUUAGAAAAAGAAAUGUAUGAAAUAUUAAAGGGAGCUGGCUUCGAAUUAAGUCAGUGGAAAUCAAAUUCCAAAAGAUUCAUGGCAGAGCUUCACUCUGGCACAGUCGACCCCACGAUGGUGUUUUCGGGGGAAGAGAAAUCAUCCAUUUUAGGCCUUAAAUGGCUAAUUGUUUUAGAUCAAUUCACUUAUGAGGUGAAAACACCACGUCUAGUAGGGAUUCUCACCAAAAGAAAAGUAGUAAGCUGCGUGGCACAGCUCUAUGACCCAAACGGCUAUAUUUCUCCAGUCACAGUAAUAGGCAAAAUAAUCAUUCAAGACAUUUAG